CAUAACUUAACAGAAUUAAGGUUUCUUAUCCUUGAUUCUGUGAAUAUGUCUCUGGUUGUGCCUUCUUCCUUGCUAAACUUGACUUCUUCCUUGGAGCAUUUGAGCCUUGGCUCUUGUAAUUUGCAAGGAAACUUUCCAAGCCAAGUUUUUCAGCUUCCAUCUCUCCAGCUUCUUGAUUUAAGCGACAACUCUCAUUUAGGAGAUGUUUUUGGAAAAAUGCAAAAGCUAACUCAUUUGAGCCUUUUUAAUAAUAGUUUUGAGGGUGAAAUUCCUACAUCAAUCUUCAACCUCGCUAAUCUUACUUAUUUGAGAUUGUCAUCAAAUAAGCUAAGAGGGCCUCUUCCUCGCAAUAUAAGUGGACUCUCAUUUUUACAAGAGUUUCAAAUGGAUAAUAAUUUCACCACAGGUCAUGUACCAUCUUGGUUGUUUUCUCUACCUUCUUUAUCCAAUUUAGACCUCCAAAACAAUAGACUUACCGGACCUAUUGAUCAUAUUGAGAUGCCUAAUCCCAUUUUACAAGAAGUCUAUUUGUCCAAUAAUGAUAUAAAUGGUUCAAUUCCUAGCUCUUUCUUUCAUCUUGUCAAUCUUACUAUAGUCGACCUUUCUUCAAAUAAUUUAGGUGGCACCAUUGCAGCCAACAUGCUUUCAAAACUUGUAAACCUUCGGAAUCUGGAUCUUUCCAAUAAUAGUUUGCUGUCUUUGAGCAAGAAUAACACUGCUGUCAACUAUUCCUUUCCGAACCUCAGGUCUUUAAAAUUCUCCUCUUGCAACAUAUACAAUUUCCCAAGUUUCUUGAGGAAGGCAGAGAGUUUGCGAGAAUUGGAUAUUUCCAAGAACAAGAUUUUUGGUCAAAUUCACAAAUGGGAAAUAGAAGGGAUGUCAUUGAAUACCUUAGACCUUUCUUAUAACUUAUUGACUGGUAUAGAUUCAUUUGGUUUUGGAAAUCUUGAAACCGUUGACCUUAGAUCCAACUUACUACAAGGAUCACUUCCCAUUCUGUCAACUAGGGAUUCGAUAAAACAACUCUUCAUUUCAGAGAAUAAUUUGACUGGCCAAAUCCCUUCUUCUUAUUGCAAUUUGACUUCUCUUUCAGUUCUGGAUUUAGCUAAUAAUAGUUUGGGAGGAAAAAUUCCAAAAUGUCUUGGAAACUUAAGUGAUCUCUUCGUCUUGGAUUUGCAGAUGAAUAAGUUUCAUGGUACAAUACCAAAUUCUUUUGUCAACGGGAGUGAACUGAGAACUCUUAACCUAAAUGACAACCAGUUGGAAGGGAUACUGCCAGAGUCUUUGGUUAAUUGCAGUAAGUUGGAAAUUCUAGAUGUGGGGAACAAUAACUUGAAUGACACCUUUCCACAUUGGUUAGGUGUUCUUCCAUUGCUAAAAGUUCUCAUCCUUCGAUCUAAUCGAUUUCAUGGUGCCAUCAACAAUUCUAUGCUUGCAUUUUACUUCCCUCAGUUGAGAAUCAUUGAUGUUGCGCAGAAUGAUUUUAUGGGUCUCCUACCGAAUAACUAUUUCAAAAUUUUGAAAGGUAUGAGAGAUGUAGCUCCAGCUAAUGAAUUGGAAUACAUUGGUGGUGAGGAGCAAGGAUUUAUUAGGGGACGUAAACUAAGUCAAAGCUUCAUUUCCUUUGGGAGUCUCAGUCGUGAUGCCUCAUUUUCUCCUCUUACUUAUAACUUUUCUGUGAAGCUGGGAGAACUCAAUUCACUAAUAGUGCUAAACUUGUCUCACAAUAGUCUCACAGGUCAAAUUCCAUCAUCGUUGGGGAAAUUAGCAGAACUCGAGUCAUUUGAUCUCUCAUCAAACAAACUUGAAGGCAGGAUUCCUGAGCAAUUGACAAAUCUGACAUUCCUAUCAGUUUUGAAUCUUUCACACAAUGAACUUGUGGGCCACAUACCUGAAGGGAAGCAGUUCAGUACCUUCUCAAAUGAUUCCUACAUUGGAAACUCUGGGUUGUGUGGAUUCCCACUAACAAAGAAAUGCCACAACGAGGAAGGACCAGGAGCACCUCCAUCACAAUUUGAUGAAGAUGAUGACUCUACAACACUCUUUGAGUGGAAGUUUGCAUUGGCAGGCUAUGGGUGUGGAUUGGUGUUGGGACUUAGUCUGGGAUACAUUGCCUUCACUACAGGAAAGCCAUGGUGGGUGGUGAAGAAAGUGGAGAAAUACCAACAGAAAUUGAUUGGAAGUUUCUCCUUUGAAGUUUUUGGUGGAUCACUGCAGAAAUGGGGAAAAAUCACCUUGUCACAGAUUGGUACAUUGUCUACCAUAACUAGUUCACUUGGCUGUAUAUUGCUGCUCUUAGACACUUGGGCACUAGUUGAUGCUACUGCAGAAGAGAUGUUAAUCAACAGAGGUUGUCAGGGUGAAGUUCCUCUUACUUUGAACCAACAAAGAAUGACUAUCCCCUCGGAAACAAAUUCUUGAGGCAGUUUGUACAGUCACCAUAGGAGAUGAUGUUGUGAUCUUAUUAGCUUUCAAUGAGUAAUUUUCUUGUGUUUUGCAAUAAUAUAAUAUGAAGCUUAUUUCAUAAUAGAUCACAACAAGAAUU